AUGUGUGACUCUUUACAGACUGAUACUCCAACUUGUAGAAUAUGUUAUGGUGAAAAUGAACCUCAAAAUGCUCUUAUUAGCCCAUGUCUUUGUAAAGGUUCUGUCAAGUUUAUUCAUGAAAAGUGUUUGAGAUUUUGGAGACUUCAUGGUAAAGAAACUAAACAAUUCAACGUUUGUGAACAAUGCAAAUCAGAAUAUACAGUAACAACAGAUUACAACCUAAAAAACUGGAUUAUUCAUACAAUAACAUCAACACUCUUACUACUUGCAUAUACAUCAUCUCUAUGCAUAUUCAGACUCCUCUAUCACAUCUAUUCUGCUGUGAUCGAAGAUUUGGCUUCAAUACAAGGUGAUAUCACCCAGAAACUAUAUCACUCAGCAUGUGUCCUCAUAUUCUUCACCCUCUACUCACUAUACUCAAAUGGUCCACUUCUAGGCAUAUUCAACUACAUAUUCACAUUCUGGAGAAUCAUACAGUAUAACUUCACUAUAGAUAAGGUCAUAUUCAUCUGCUUCACAAUAUUCUACCUCAAAAGCCUCUACAGAGAAAUCAAAAUACAAGUACAAGCUCAUGCUUUCUACCUUAUGAACAAAAUACUUUAUUGA